AUGUCUUUCUUCUUGAAUACAUUUAAGUCCACCCUCGCACUUGUCGGAAUCGCCACCCCACAAGUCGAAACCUCAACCCCCGCUGCGCCCACCUCCAGCAACGCCAUUCUUUCUGGUGAGUAUAGCCUCUCACCACCUUUGCUAAUUGACUAUUCAGCCGAGGAUCCCUCUUUCACCUCGGACUUUGCAAUACAGGCCCCGGUUCCUACAAAUACCGGACACAUUCUCACCGGGAUCCUCCGGCCCGGCCUUAGGCCCUCCACUGUCAUUGACCGCAUGCAAAUCCACGGAUUUCCAAGGACACUGGAAAAUUGGAAGGUUUGCCCUUCCGCCCCACUCACAUUCAAGUUUAAAAAGAUAAAAGCAAAAAAAAAUGUACACUUCCGCGAAUACCACUCGAAAAACUUCCAUCAAUACCGUCCCUUCGACCCAGAGGAACCCGCCGACUCCUGGAUCCCUUACGAUGAUGCUAUUCUGCAUCAACCCAACCAGGCGCCUGGGGUACGACUGGCAGGGUCAUGGACCUGUCCUAUUUGCAAAAACUUUUGGUGCAAUACAGGCAACCACAAUACCAUUCCAGGACUUCCGGGUUGGGAAUGGCGGGACCCGCCCCUGCCCUGUCCCGAACACCCACGGCCCCUUUCUUUUAGGAAACCCGAGCCCUUUUACGGAUUGGCUCUCUCUCAGAGAGAGCUCAUUUACAGCGGUAGUGCUGAAUACAAGGUCCCAUACACCUUGCACGGAGGCCUCAUCAAUCCACCUGCGCCACUGUAUUCAGAGGAUGACUUAGACUCUGAGUCAUUCUCUGAAUCCACAUACAACAUACCAAGUCCAUCGCUACCUUGA